GGGGAAGAAGGGGGCGCGGAUUCGCUCGGGAGAGAGAGAGAGAGAGAGAGGGAGCCGCCGAGCGCUUAUUCGCUGCCAGCAUGUCUUCCAGCUCCAGCGUCAACACCCUGCAGCGCCUGGUGGAGCAGCUGAAACUCGAGGCCGGCGUGGAACGCAUCAGGGUCUCUCAGGCAGCUGCAGAGCUUCAGCAGUAUUGCAUGCAGAACGCUUGCAAAGAUGCUUUGCUUGUUGGAGUUCCGGCUGGAAGCAACCCAUUUCGAGAGCCCAGGUCCUGUGCAUUGCUCUGAAGACGGGUAGGGAAGGUUUUCUGAAAGUCCUCAAGUACAAGAAGAAUCCCAGCGGUCUUCCUUGUUUUCCAAACCAACAGUUUCUUUAUGUAGGGCUUAAACAGUUUCUUUAGAUAUUUAUUAGUCUGCCUGACUGUCUUAGUAAAUGGUUAAAUCUUUUGCUAAUAUAAAGCAUUUUAUAAGGAAAAGCUUUUCCUUUUGUAAUUGAUUCGAUAUGCUUUCUUUAAUCCUCUCAGAUGUUUACAUUUAGAAAAGGACAAUGCCAAUGAUAUGUUUCUAUUGUGCCUGAAAUGAAAAACGUCCCAGGUACCUCCCUACUAUCGGCUUUCUGUUUUCUAAUCAGAGAUGUUUUCAAACUGGUUUGAUCCAGGCAAAGUUGGCCAUUUAAGGCUACAGUUUUACGCACAUUUGUUACUUUUGAAUCAACGUGAUAUAUACCAGGAACGCUCCUAGUUAGUAUUAUAGAACUUCUAAAAUUGAGUCUCCCUUAAAAAUACCUUGCAUUGGUUGGAAUAUAUCCAGUUUGUUAAAAGAAAAGUACUGCUCUGUUCCAGUUGGUUGAAAUGAAGAAGAUGCACUUCAUAGUUAGAGGCAUUUACUAUAGCUCCCUUGAAUGCCCAAGCCCCAAUUUUACCCAGAAAUACAAUCUUGCUAUUCAGCUUUCCAGUGGAUUAGGAAGAACAGAAGUGUAUUUGGAGGGUUGAGAGGUACAAAAGGAACCAUGUCAUAAAUCAUCUUCCCAUUUAAGCUGGGCACAGUGGCCCAUUUGCAGCUGAAUGGAACUGGGAACUGCCAAGGAUUGAUAAACCACUCCUCAUGCCAGUCUCUGCAAGGGGGAGGAUAGUACAGUGAGAUUAAGGUAGGGUGGGGGGAUUGAAGAGCCUGGUCCACUGAGACCACGAAGGAAGAGUGAGAGAGGAUGCACCAACUCCCAGCAUAGGACCCACCAAUUUUGGCCAAGUCUACCAAUCACAUGGCUCCUGACCCUCUAGUACAUACAGUCCUUGGGGCUGCAUAUUCACUACAGAAGAUCUUAUCUUUGUCUCUUGUGCUUUCACAUAAAAUAGUUACCUUGCAGAAAAUGCCUAUUGUUCAGGACAUUCCAAUGUCACAGACUCCAAAGAAUUUUAAACCCUGCCAGAUGUCUGCAAGUCUUAGGAAAGGAAAAUUGCCCUUUACCCCACCCUAUAUAUUUUUUUUUAACCGUUCCACUCUCAUUGAUGAAAAGAUGCUGCAGUACAGGACAGAAAACACUUCACAUAGAACAAGAUGAAUUUGGAUAUGUGAAAAGAAGCCUAAGAAUUAAUCCAUUUAUACUGGAUAUCUGCAUCAAGAUGCUUCAUUUUUUGUUGAUGUUGCCUCCUGCUGAAGUUACAACAUCUAUUACUCCGUUUCAGAGAGGGACAAAUCCUGUGCUCUCCAAGAUAACCUCUUUGGGUCAACAUGUUUAUAACCUUCAAAUAUGCCUGUUUGGCAAAUAAUCACUGAUAAUAACACUACAAGACAUACAAUAAAUUUAGGCAAAAUUUUCCUAGCAUUUGCAAUAUUAUUGGAACAAUUCACCUUUUUUUUUUUUUUUUUUUGUGGGUCAGGUAUCUUUGAUUUUGGAUUACCAAGCACUUUUAUACACGCUGUUUACUUUUAAAAAGAAAGUUCUUUUUUGUUUGUAUUAAUAUAUUAAAAGCUUUAAAAAGUA